ACUCGAUAUACACUGCUUGCGAAGUCCAAAGCAAGAACUCCUGGUCGCACAGAAAAUUUCAUUUCUCACUUGUUUCGCAUCUUCUGAGCCCAAUCUUUCUCUUGUUAAAUGAAUUGAGUUCGAUGCUCAGAUUUUCGGGAUUUUUAUAGUCCAAAUGUGUUACUUUGGUGUCUGGGGACAAUGAAGACAGUGCUUAACGGCUAAGUAGAGGUUCCUCGCCCUUGGAACGUACAUUGUUUAUUGAGGUGAUGGUAUCGAAAUGUUCAAUUUUGAAGCAUCUUUUACAACACCGCUACUCACACACUCUGUCAGAGGCAUUUCUCAACCAACUGAAGGCUUGCUCUGAGCUAAAAACACUAGAAUCGAUUUAUGCUUCCAUGAUUAAGACUAAUGCCAACCAAGAUUGCUUCUUGAUGAAUCAAUUUAUAAGUUAUUGUUCAAUCUUUUCUUGCAUGGAUUUUGCAACUUCUGCUUUUAACCAGAUGGAGAGUCCUAAUACUUUUGUUUACAAUGCAUUGAUUAGAGGCUCAGUUCAUUGCUGUUACUUAGAACAAGCUUUCGUAUAUUAUACACACAUGCUGCAAUGUCGAGUGAAUCCUGCCAGUUACACGUUUUCUUCCUUAGUUAAGGCUUCUACAUUAUUGUUGAGCUCAUGUUUUGGCCAAGCUAUUCAUAGCCACAUUUGGAAGCAUGGGUUUGAGUUGCAUGUGUUUGUUCAGACUACUUUGGUUGAGUUUUAUUCGACUUUGGGUGACAUCAAGGGCUCAACAAUGGUCUUUGAUGAAAUGUGUGAAAAAGAUAUUUUUGCUUGGACAACAAUGAUUAAAGCUCAUGUUCGCCAUGAGGAUAUGCAUUCUGCACAGAGAUUGUUUGAUGAAAUGCCUGAAAAGAAUGUUGCAACAUGGAAUACCAUGAUUGAUGGAUAUACAAAAUCACGAAAUUUUGAAUCUGCAGAGUUAUUGUUUUAUCAAAUGCCCUCCAGGGAUAUAAUUUCAUGGACAACCAUGAUGAUCUGCUAUUCUCAGAACCAAAGAUUUCGUGAUGUGAUUUCACUAUUUCAUGACAUGAUAUAUAGUGGGUUUAGUCCUGAUGAAGUGACUAUGGCCACUGUCAUUUCAGCCUGUGCCCAUCUAGGAGCACUUGACAUAGGAAGGGAGGUCCACCUUUACUUGAUGCUAAAUGGAUUUGAUCUUGAUGUUUACACAGGGUCGGCACUCAUUGAUAUGUAUGCAAAAUGUGGGAACUUAGAUAGGUCACUUUUGGUUUUCUACAAAUUAAAUAACAAAAACCUCUUUUGUUGGAAUUCUAUUAUUGAAGGGCUUGCGGUACAUGGCCAUGCUCAAGAAGCUUUAAGAAUGUUUGAUAAAAUGGAGAGGAAAGGAAUCAAACCCAAUGCAAUAACGUUUAUCAGUGUCUUGAGUGCUUGCACCCAUGCAGGAUUUGUGGAAGAGGGCCGUCAGAGGUUUGUGAGCAUGAUCCAGGAUUAUUGUAUCACUCCUCAUGUCGAACACUAUGGAUGCAUGGUUGAUCUGUUGAGCAAGGCUGGCUUGCUUGAAGAAGCUUUAGACAUUAUUAGAAGCUUGGCAUUUGAACCUAAUUCUGUUAUUUGGGGUGCCUUGUUGAAUGGGUGUAAACUUCACAGGAACUUGGAAAUUGCUUAUAUUGCUGUUCAAAAUCUGACAAUAUUGGAGCCUGAUAACAGUGGGUAUUACAGUCUCCUUGUUAACAUGUAUGCUGAAGUAACUCGGUGGAGUGAGGUUGCGAAAAUCAGAACUGCCAUGAAGGAGCUGGGUAUUGAAAAGAGAUGUCCUGGAUCAAGCUGGGUUGAGAUCAAAAAGAAAAUUCAUCAGUUUGCAGCAUAUGACAAAUGUCACCCAUCUUUUUGUGAAGUUCGCUUAGUGCUAACUGAACUGGAUGGGCAGAUGAAGCUAGCAGGCUGUGCCCCUGAACUGGAGUCUAUUUCGUAAUGGCUGCUGCUCUUCUACAGCAAAUGAUUCUCAAGAUUGACAUGUAGAGGAUAGAAAGGAGGAAGAAUGUUGUUCAAAUUAGAAUGAACUUGGACACGUGGAUUACUUGAUGGCCCUUUUUUACCCCAUCUAGUAUUGCUUGUCCCUUCAUGUAGCACAAAAAAACAUUGAAAGUUCAAAAGCACUUCAGACGACGCCGUGUACUGACUGCUGAACUAGUAUGUUGAUAUAUUCAGUUAUAAUUCUCUAAUUGUAAAUAUUAUUUUGUCCGGUCAGUCAUACUUAAUUCCUUUUACCGUCAUCUAGAGUGCAGAAGUUAGUUUGGUGAGUACAUUUUGAAUAUUGGUGUCAUCUACAGUAAAUAAUGCAGAACAGAAGUUCAGCACCAAUGGAAUUCCAACUCAAUAUGAUGGAGCAUUUUGGAUGAGAGGCUCUCCUUCUAGGAUGCUACAUGUUGGGUGUGAAAUUGGUUACAAGAUUGCACGAAAAGUGACCAAAUCUUUGUUUUCUCCAUUCCAGCAUGGCACCACUAGGGCUAAAGGAGCUAUGGAGCACAUUGUGUGCCAUUGCACUUGAUGUCAAGCCUGGUCUGAUGUGAUACUUUUUUUUUUCUUUUUUUUUUUGCUCCCUGUCCACAUGGCCACAUGGGGAGUCAAGUCAAGGGA